AUGGCGGCCGAGACCACGACAACCUUUCCCUCCCUCCAGGAGUACAUCAGCCUCGUUAUGGCUGAAGAGAUGCCCUGGGAAGAUGUCACGCUGGUCGUGACCAAAAUGUGCAUCUUCUUCAUCAUAUACCACCUCGCCCGCCACCAAGUCCUCUCUGCCAUGUAUGAGGCAGUACAGAAUCCCGAAGUCGGCCUCCCACAACUCCACGACUCGGUCUCAAAAUACCUCACCCAUAUCCUAAAGACUCUUCACGUCGGCGCCUUGUUGCUGCUCAUGGCACUGGUGCUAGGAAUACCCGGGACAGCGAUCGUCUGUUACCUCUUGAUCAUCUUCUUCUUCCUCCAAGAAUGGCGUGGCGCAGCCACGAAAACUUUCAACUUCAUCACCGCCACUUUGUCAAGUCUCUUUCAAAAAUACAAGGACUCUGUCGACCUGGUCGCUCUCCUCUUUGGAACGAUCUUGUUCAUUUAUAGACUCUGCUCCAGCACUUGGCAAGCCCUUUACUCUCUCAAACAUCUCUGCGCCCACAUCAUCAACAGCCCACAUUGGAGUACGCUCAAGAGCGCCUUGGACUCAGUCACUUGUCCCGCCUUGAAGUAUCUUCAAAAGCGCACACAAUUCGUCGCCGCCCUCGCCAAUUCAACCUCGGAGCUUUUGUUCCGACUACGGGGCGGCCGUGAAGCCCUCAGAGCGGCGUUGGAGAGGAACGCCCAACUCUGUGAGGAGAAUGCGCGGCUCGCAGCAGAGAUUGCGGCCCUUCGGCUCCAGGCGACGCCCAAGGACAAGCAGGGGAUCUGGAUACAUGAGCGGCCGUCCUUUCCAGGACAGUCGCAUAGUUUCCAGGUCGAGCUUCUCAGUAAGCUCCGUCGGGACUGUCGGGUGGCGCAGAAGGAGAGUGAGCGAUGGCGGAUGGCCUGGGAGGAGUGCCAAGGCCGCAUUGCUGAGCUCGAGGCCUGCGACGCAGACGCAGAUGCGUGCGUCCUGGCUGCCACUUCCCAGAGAGAUGGGCGCAUCCGAGCCUUAGAGGCCGAGAAGACUGCCGUCGCCGCUUCGGCGGCUUCGAAAGUCAAUGCCAUGGCGUCGGCGCUUGAAGCUGAGAAGGCCGAGUCCCACAAACUCAGGUCUUCUCUUGAAGCUCAAGUGGCCAAGUCUGGCGAUCUCGAGUCUCGCCUUGGAUCUGAGAGGGUGGUCUCUCAGAGACUCGGUGAGGAGGCUGCUGUGCUUCGGCGUGGGAGGGACGCCGACUCAGCACUCCUCGAAAAGGUGAGGAUGGAGGCGGCCCAGGCCGAACGAGCAGCUGCGGACCGGGUCCGCGGACAGAAGGAUGCUGAGAUCAGCGUCCUGAAGGCACAGCUUGCGGAGGCUCAGGCCAACGCCGCGGUGGUCGUGGUGGACACCGCAGAGAUGGGGGUUCAGACCGAUCUUGCUGCGGAGGCAUCUCCGGUGGUAACGCCGGUAGAUGUCAAUGAUGCAGGCACUCAGACCGAGUGUAUCGGUCCGGACACCCAAUCUCAGCACGCCGCGUCUGAGGACUUGGAGUCCGAGCUGCUCGCGAGCAAGAAGGCGCUCGAGGAGAAAGGCAAGGAGCUGGCGGCGUACCAGCAAGCCUGGAAGAAGACCUCGGACGACCUCAUCAGCUGCAACACGGACCUACAGAAGGCCGUGAAGGAGACAACUGAGCUGCGUUCCCGGAACAUGAAAGGCGGCCAAGAAUUGCAACAGAGCAAGCGAGAUGUGGAGCAGCUCAGACAGCUGCUGGCCCACCGCGAGCAGGAGGCUGCAAACCUCCUGCAUCAGCUCACACACUGCAAAGAGAGCGCCGAGAAGCAGCAGCCAGUUGCGGAGGAGGUGAAAUACUGGAGAGGCCGAACGGAAACACUUUCGACUGAGAUGGCGAACCUGCGUGCCGAGAACCUGAAAGCCAAGGGACAACUGGACGAAGUCCAGGAGAGAUUCCGGACUGGCGAAAAGCAAUACUAUGCACUCCAGCGCGAUAUGAGGCAGCAACUGGACACGAAAGAGAAAUCCUACAAGGAACUCGAGAAACAAUUGAAGGCAGAGCUCGAAAUGCGUGCCAGAGAUGUUCAGGUCCAGGCUCUCAUGCAAAACAGCCAAGUCGAAAGCUUGCAGAAGCAGGUCAUGUCCAAGGAUUUCGAGAUUCGCGAUCUAAGACAACAAAUCGACCAGCACAAGAUGGAUUCCGAAGUCGCAGUCACCACUCCAAGAUCAGACCGCAUAGGCGCUUCCCCCUUUCCCACACCGAUCAAGACCCCUAUCUCUAAACUACUCGAGAACAAAGUCCGCGAACAUGCAGAGGACAUGAAGAAGCAUGCGAUCGAGAAGCAGCAACUUGAAAGCAGAAUCGCAGCACAAGCGCAGGAUCUCCAGAAACUGUGGGAUACCAAAGAUCAACUCGAGCAAGACAAACUGAGAUUGGAGGCCGAGAAUAAGAAUCUUCAGGACCAAAUUUCCGACGAAGCCAUGGACGUUGCUUUUGCCAAAGAAUUCCUCGAAGAAGACAAAGAAGACAUUAAACAAGCCCAAGAAGAGGCUCAAAGUUGGAAGACGCAGUUUAACGAGGCGCAGGUGUCGGUGAAGAACAUGCAACUCGACUUGCAGUUCAAGGAAGGUCAAGUGGACGCAGCACGCAUGCAAGCAGAUCUGUACAAGAAACAAGCGCAGAAUCUCGAAGUCCAACAAGCACCGAACAGCCAGCAGGGUAAUCCACCGACCCUACGACUGAGACCUCAUAAACGCAGCGCCAGCCUAGACAGUCAGGAUGAAAAGCCGGGUCAGGACAUAAAGAAGAUUUUGACCAAACGUCAAUUCAAAGGAUUGCUGCCGUCAUCUCGACUUCACCAAGGACACAUGGUUCAAUCUCAACAGGCGCAGGCACCUCGGCCACCACAAGCGCAGGUAUUCCAACAUCUCCAAGCGCAGGCAAGUCAGCCAUCACAAGCGCAGAUAUUCCCUCCUCUCCUCCAAGUGCAGGUCAGCCAACCUACACAAGCGCAAGUACCUCAACCUCCACAAAUGCAAGCAAAUCAACUUGCACAAGCGCAGACAUUUCAACCUGCACACGGACAAGCAACUCAGGCCGCAACAUCGGAGACUGAGCAAGCCGACGAAAACAUGGACGAGUCAUCCAUUAUCUCGGAGGAAGAAUAAAGAGAGUCGCGCAACACAUGCACACGAACCAUAGGCUUACAAAAGCACUCACAAGGCAGCCAAGUACGGACUGCAACUUUCACUUUGAUGAAUAUGACGAAGAGUCAAAACGGACUCGGUGGAGGAUCAGGGACUUUCAAAUCGAACACAAAGGAAUCGCGAAGCGACAGACCAAGCACAAGGCAUUCAAAGAAAUGCAUGAUUCCAGACAAAGAGUCAGAACGGACUCGGUGGAGGACUAUGGGUAAAUUCAAACCGGAUUCAAAUUGGAAUCACGGAUCGGCAGGCGAAAUCACACAAAGCAUUCGAUGAAAGAGUGCAUUUGGACAUCGCAUUGCUGAAACAGGAGGAGUCAAAACGGACUCGGUGGAGGAUGAAGGAUU